CGGAGUGCGGCAGGGCUGGGUCUACGGCCGAGGGUAGCCCGUGCUGAGUGAGGGAAGAGCGUAGCUGCUGGAUGAAAUAAAACCUGAACGGCCUCGCUUACGGGAUUUUAUGCCUCACAGCGGCCCCGGCUGGAUUUCCUCUGCUCCCCGCCUGCUGCCCGGCCGGCCUCCCUUGGGGCAGCAGGAGUGUGAGGGACAGGAGGAGCGCGGGAGGCUCUGUCGGAAGGGUUUGCUUGUAUGAUGAGAGGAAAGGCUGCUGGAUUAUAUUCUUCACAGCCUCCAAAAAUAGCCGUCCCCGAGAAGCUUUUCACGAGGGGAGUUUUCUCUGGGAGGUGCCCCAGAUUUCAUUGGACAUGAGUUAGCUGCUGCUUCUUUACCUUUUUCUGGAAGCAAACCCCGUGAUUUGCAUCUCCAAAGAUGUGUAGCGACUUUUGCUCGCAGGAGGCCAUGAGCAGUAACAACACGGUGUUGGCUGCCAGGUGUGAAUGAACACCUUGUUUUCCUGCUCGAAGUUCAAAGCAUUGCAAGAGGUCAGAGGUCUGGGAUCCAGAUGGUUGAAUUGGAAAGAAGCACAUGCCAAAGACCGCUCCUUCCCAUCAACUGACCUGCGUGCACUGACCUGAAAGCCUGGGGAGGAACUUGGCAGGAUGAAGCCUGUCAUCGUGGUGCAUGGUGGGGCUGGCCGGAUCUUCCAAGAACGAGAAGAGGGAUGUCGUGCUGGUGUUGUCAGAGCUGCGCUGCGAGGUUACGCUGUCCUGAGGCAGGGAGGCAGUGCCGUAGAUGCGGUUGAGGAGGCAGUACGGUCCAUGGAAGAUGAUCCUCAUUUUAAUGCAGGUUGUGGAUCUGUUCUGAAUGAAAAAGGUGAAGUAGAAAUGGAUGCCAUUAUCAUGGAUGGAAAAAAUUUAGACUCUGGAGCAGUAUCUGCAGUUAAGUGCAUAGCAAACCCUAUAAAACUUGCUCGACUUGUUAUGGAAAAGACGAAGCACAUGCUGCUGACUGACCAUGGUGCACACCUGUUUGCUCAGGCCAUGGGUAUUCCUGAAAUUCCAGGGGAGAAACUCAUAACUGAGAGAUCCCGGGAGAGAUGGAAGAAGAACCUUGAGCCAGAUUCCAACCCUGAAGAGUUUCAAAAAGACCUUGGAACAGUCGGUGCUGUUGCUAUAGACAGUGAAGGCAAUGUAGCUUGUGCAACAUCCACGGGAGGACUCUCUAAUAAAAUGAUUGGCCGUGUUGGUGACACAGCAUGCAUAGGAAGUGGAGGUUAUGCUGACAACCAUUCUGGUGCCACUUCAACCACUGGGCAUGGGGAGAGCAUUAUGAAAGUGGUCUUAGCCCGACUGAUUCUCUAUCACAUGGAGCAAGGAAUGUCACCAGAGGUAGCAGCGGACACUGCAUUAGACUACAUGAAGACACGAGUUGGGGGUUUGGGGGGUGUCAUCGUUGUCAACAAGGCAGGAGAGUGGGCAGCAAGGUUCUCCACCAAGCAAAUGUCCUGGGCUACUGUAAAGGAUGACAACCUGCAUUAUGGCAUUUAUGCUGGGGAGAAGCAUAUAAAGUCUGUUGAUGAAGCUCUUGCAUCUGAAAGGGAGGGAUUCUAAGAAUGAAGAAAGUUGACUGACAGAGAAGAAUUAAGAUCUCCAGUUUUUGCUGGAGGACAACGACAGUUGAUUUUGUUUUUCUGCAAGAUCUUUUGAUUCACAGGCAUUACCACAUUUACAGUCAAAACAAAAUCUGGACAUAGUUCUUUAGUGGACAUAUGUAUAUAUA